AUGGGUAAGAGGAACAAAAUCAACAGGAUUCUGGAAAGCAUGGGAUGGGGCAAAUAUCAAAUCUAUGUAUUUUGGACUUGCUUUGUGGUAGGAUUUAUAUAGACAUUAAUUCUUCAAACGAGCACCAGAGCCUCAGUCGCUGUCAUUAUGAUGGACAGCAAAGAAAACCACCCAGACAGGAACAUCGGGAUCCUCCCAAGCAUAAUGCAGCUCGGAAAUGUGAUAGGGUGCUAUGGGUUUGGAUAUUUUUCAAAUCGGUUUGGAAGGAAGUGGCUGUUCCUGUAUGGAGAUAUUAUUACCAUAAUUGGGAUUACUUUGACCAUUGUAGACACAGAAUGGAUGCUACUUAAGAUUGGACUUUUCUUAGUUGGAGUAGGAACUGGAUCAGACAUGGUCUUAACCCUCUAUUAACUGCAGGCAAUUUUUUUAUUAUAUUUGACUGAAAAAAUUGUUUUUUAAAUUAAAAAAUUUAUGUUUUUACUUUUAGAUAUAAAUAAUAAAAAAUUAUAUAACUAUUUUAUAUACAAACUCUAAGCAUAAUAGAGAUUAAUACGGAUUUAAUAAUAAAAUAUAGGCUUUGACCUCAAUUAGUAAAAUCGAGUUAGCUAAUUCUAUAGCUUUUGAAAGCUUUCCUCCCAGUAAGAGAUGCAAGCUAGGGAUUAUGAACUGUGCUUGCAGCAUAGGCUCAAUUACGACUUUUGGAAUUGGCCUUCUAACUACACAAAUAUCAAUUUUUGAUAUUCCAUCUUUAGGUAUCCGGGCGGAGUUUUGCCUGGCCAGGACACCAUGGCAGGCGUUCUAUCUCGGCCAGAGACGAUGAGACCGAAGGCGCAAAGUCAACUCCACUCCUGGGAAGCAAUACACUUUCUAAAGGUAAGGUCGUCCAGGAGAAGACAUGUUGCGUACUUCUCCCAUGCUCUGAUCACGACCACGGUUAAGGAUGUCCGUAUCGUAGAGUUAGACCAAAGUCUGUCGGGCUAGUCUCCCCAAAAAAACUAGGUUACGUCGCCAUUUUUGGGGGAAAAUGGCCUAAUGUGUGACUCUAGUGCUUUGGGCGACCUCGAGCCUGAAGCUGGCCAGGACAGAGGGGGACUGAAAUAAUUGCUGAUGACCCGCUAUAAUUAUUUUAAUCUAGUCUAAUCUUUAGGUAUUGUUUUGUCAUACAGUUUGAUUAUCGCUCUAAUUCUUAUGAUCAUGAGGAUCUAUCUCAUGGAGACUCCAAUGUAUCUCUGUGAUCAUUACGAGGAUAAAAAACUGGCCACUGUAUUAUUUCACAUCGCCCAGAUCAAUGGGAAGUCAGAUUGCGAUAAUGUGAUGGACACUCCAAUGCUUGAGAAUUCAAUUAGCUCAGAAGAAGUCACUGACAAGCCUCCUACUUUAAAAGAGCUAUUCAAUCAUCACAACAAAAGAGCAACCAUUUUUCUCUCACUCCCUCUUUGGCCUAACAAUUAGAAAAAUCCUUAUUUUUGAGGUAGCAAAAAAUAUUUUAUAAAUAAUAAUUUAUAUAUAAUUAAUAAAUAAUUUUUAUAGCUUGCAUUCUUUAAAACAAAACUUUUAUAUAUAAUAUAUAUUUCACUUUAAAUAUAAUCAUUUAAAUUUCAGAAAAAAAUUGUUUUUAUAUAUAAUUCUAAUGUAAAAACAUUUAAAAAAGAGUUAAACCUUACUUAAUGAGCAGACAAUUUGUUGCUAGCCAAACUAGGAGUCAGCAAUUUACAUUUUUUCUUCAAUUGCAACUACCAGUCUCACAUAUUUUAUGCCAGAAUUGCUGCCAAACAUUUCUGAGCAUCAAAUAUAUAUCGUAAUUUUGUUCCAAAGUUGCUGCAGUAUGCCAGGGAUGGUCAUUUCAUAUGAACUGAUGGACACAGUUUUCGGAAGAGUUUACACAAUAGCUUUGGGAUUUUUAUUUACAGCUAUCACUUUAUUCCCAAUCAUGUAUUCCUCAGGGUUUUGGAUCAUUUUGAUUAUGUCAGGGAUCAACAAUAUGAUGAGCAACGUCGGUUUCGCGACGUUAAGUGCAGCAACUCCUGAGAGUUUUAAUACGCACAUAAGGUGCUUAUCGACAGGAUGGCUUAUGGGCACUUCAAAGGUGGCAGGGAUUAUUGCCCCUAUUGUGAUAGGCUAUCUUAUUAACUCAACAGGGCCAAUUGGAGCACUUUGGCUGUCGCUUGUUGGAUUUGUGCUAGCAAGUGCUUCUUCAUUAGCAUUGAAAGAAACCAGACCUACCUAA